AUGUCGGAAGAACGAUCAGUUAUCGCGAAGAUUCAAGAAGCACAAGCCAGCCUGGUUGAAUACGGGUAUAAGAGACGAGGAGGUAUUCCAGCUGAUCUACAAAAGUUACCACCGGUGAAAAAACCACGCUUUUUGGAGAUCCUAGAGGCCCGUAUUAACAAAGAGAAAGCCAAAUUCCGUGUGGUCGAGGGAAAACCGGAUCCAUUGCGAUUGCAGAUUUAUCGAGAGAUUUUCACAAUUUUCAUUCAAACUUGUGUAUACUAUGGUCCACUGUUGGCUAGAAUAAAGGCGGAAUAUGAAUCGUACUUGGUUUACGUGCAGGAUCAAUUGAAAAAGCUUCAACCUAUUCGAGUUAGUUCAUUUGAGGUCUUUGAUUUAGAAUAA